UACAAGUGGCAAUUGAUGCCGUUACACUAAUAUACAAUGAACUAAAACGUUAAAACAGUUAAAAUAGUCAUAAAAUACGAUAUACAAAGUUUAAAACAAUGCAAAGUGCUUAUGCCAUUCAUCCACCAGACCUUAUACAAGAGCCGUAAUGUACAUGCAGGUGGAGGCCGAGAGACGCAAGCGGGCCACUGUCCUGGAGUUGGAAAUCACGCGAGAGUCUGCCAUCAGUGAGGCAGAAGGACAAAAGCAGGCUCAGAUCCUGACCUCUGAAGCAGAAAAAGCAGAGCAAAUCAACCAGGUUGCGGGGGAGGCCAGUGCUUUUGUGGUGAAGGCAAAGGCCAAAGCGGAGGUAGCUGCUCUUACACAGCAGAACGGCAACUCGGCAGUAUCUCUCUGUGGCCGAGCAGUACGUGAGUGCCUUUUCUAAGCUGGUGAAGGAGUCCAACACCGUUCUCUGUCCCUCCAGCACAGGAGACAUCAGCAGCAUGGUGGCCCAGGCCAUGGGCAUCUACAAAUCCCUGAGC